AUGGUAACCCGUUAAAGAGGAAGUGGGAAAAGAAUAAGAAGAGGAGAAGGAGUGAACAGAGUGGGGAGUUAAAGAACUUGCCAGCAAAGAAGAAGAAGAAGAAGAAGAAGAAGAUCCUCUUAACGUAGAAGUUUAACAGUAGAAGUGUCUUGAAGAAGAAGCCCAAAUCAUGCGGCCGAUUCUCUUUAUACUGAUCUGCCUCAUAAAUACAGUUUUAUCUUAUUAUUCGGAAAAAACUCGUUUUGAUCGUUCAAUUAAUAACAAGUUAGGUGAACCACUCAACGACAAACAAUGGACUUUCACUGAUGAUCAAACGUUAUUCAUUGCUUAUAAAGAUAGAAAAGAAAAUGUAUGUUAUUUGGAGAAAUUGAAAGAGGAUAACGUAAAAAAACAUAAUCGAAAUGAUGUCAGAACAAAACGUCGGGAGAACAAAUAUUCCACGGUACUUUAUGUUCCGAAUGAAACAUUAACAAAGCUCGAGGCAUGGCGAGAAGCAGGUGGUCGUAUAGUAGAUUUUUGUCAAGGACGUAAUAUUUAUCUCCUUCAAAAAACUAAACCAAUCGCAAGAAACGUUUUGGAUCCGUUCUUGAAUGAAAUACCGAUCGAUGAAAAUGAUAUAUCGUCCAAAAGAAUAGCUGAUAUUGUAUUAACGCCGCUCAUCAAUCGUGCCAAGAGAGAAAUUCAAUUGGAAAAUCGAAAAAGAUUGAACGAGGAUUUUCAGAAAAUUCGUUCCCGUCGUCAAACGUUGCAACUUCGUGGAAGAUUUCGAGGACAAACGCAAUCGCAAUAUUUGCAUCUUGGUAAAGAUGGCCAAACUGAAGGCAAAGCCGAAGCGGAAGCAACGCAACAAUCAUCUCGAGCAAUUGUCGCUGGUAAUAACGGUAUGGGACAAGCACAAAGUAUGUCUUCUAGCGGAAGUGGAUGCGAAGAUUGUCCAGGAUAUCAACCAGAUUAUGCUGUUCAUGUAGACCAAAUUCCAGGUAAAUUACAGGUUCAAGAAUUACCAAAGGAUAGACAAUAUAUUACCCGACCUGGAGUUGGAGCACCAGGAAAAAUGAUAGCAGGAGAUUAUUCUGGAAGUAUAAUACCUGGCAGUGGACCAACGGGAGGUACUGAACAAUAUCCAGGAGCUAUGGUUCCUGGAACAAUGAGACCAACUUAUCCAGGAGGAAUGAAACCAGGAACUGGAACGUAUCCUACUGGACCGGUUGGACCGGGAAGCGUAAUACGUGGACAAUAUCCUAGCGGUAUUAUACCAGGUGUAACUUAUCCAGGUGCAUUUGUGCCGGGAGGAGUUCCUACUUAUCCUGGAGGCGUCAUACCAGGAACAACAGGAGGUGGUAGACCAUAUCCUGGUGGCACAGUACCGGGAAUUGGUGUAAGGUAUCCUAGUGGUGUAACAGGAACUACAGCAACAGGAGGAACUGAAAUAUAUCCUGGUAGCACUGCACCGGGUAGAUUACCAACUGGAGGUGGUGGACUUUAUCCUAGUGGUCCUAUCCCAGGAAUUAUUACAACUUAUCCUGGAGGUGUUCCAACAGAGACACUUCGUCGACCUGGAGAACGUUACCCAGCAGGAGUUUCUUAUCCCAUUAGUACUGGAACAGGAACAUACCCAGGUGGAAUUCCACCUGGAGUAAGUACAACGGGUGUUGUUGGAGGUACAUAUCCAGGUGUUUCUCCAGUGGGUGAUAGAGGAAUGUAUCCUGGGGAAAUAACUGGUACCAUUGUCACGGGAGGUCCGGCUUAUCCUGGUAGAGGGACCACAACGGAUGGAAGAGGAAUUCCUGGUGCAGGAAUUUUUCCUAGUAUUGUUACAGGUGCCAAAACAGAUGUAGGUACUUCUAUAUCGUAUCCCGGAAUAUCAUCUGGAAUACCAGGAGUUAGUGGUCCUGGCAUCGUUUCUCCGCAAGGUGGACAAACUCAACCGGGUAUAACUGGAUAUAUAACGCCAGGAACCGUAUAUCCAAGUGCAUCUUUACCAGGAGGUGGAAUCCCUGGAAUGACUACUACAGGUGGAGUUUAUCCAGGUUCUGGUGUAUAUAUGCCAGGAGGUGUUGUACCAGGAACAGGAACAAUAGGAGGUGGUCAAUUAAUCGGACAGUAUCCUCCUUCCGGAAGAUUGCCUACUGAUCAAAUUCCUGGUGUCCCUCAAUAUCCUACAGCACAGUAUCCAUCAGGACAAUAUCCUGAUACUAAACAAUACUAUCCAGGUGGAAUCAGCGGUCAAACGAUCCCAGGUCAAUAUCCAGGAGGUGUCGGUACCACAGGCGCCGUAGAGCCGUCACAAUAUUAUCAAAAACCUAAAGAUAUCUCAAGCACGAGUGCAGAAGAUGAUACUGCAGAUACCCAAGCAUCUAGUUCCGUAAAACAAGUUGAUUCUGGUACAGAAACAAGUGCAUCCGCCCAAGGUAAAUACGGAAAGGGUACUGCACAAUCUCAAGUGUCUGGUAUUUACAGUGGUUCUGCAUCAUUUUCGGCGCAAGCUGGUACAAGUGAUAUUAAUAGAAGUGCUCAAGCCGAAAUAAGUGGCGGGAAGGAUGGUGCGGUUAGUAAUGCGGAAGGUGUUGGUGGUCGUGGAAAGAGUCAAGCUCAGGUUCAAUUAAAUUCUGAUUCUGGCGCUACCUCAACUGGAGCGCAAAGUAGUGGUUGGAAUCAUGGAACAAAUUCUCAGGUGCAAGCCAGUUCCAAAGGUGGAAUGGCAGAUGCGCAAGCUAAUGGCGAAGGGAGUACUUCCAGCCAGGCACAGAUUGGAUUUCAGCCAUAUUUAAAAGAUGAUAGCAAAAUUGAAAAAUAUUCCCUUCCUUUCCGUGGUGGUGGUACGGCGUCUGCACAAAGUGGAACUCAUAGGGGUCAAUCUCAAUCUCAAUUACAGGGAUCGUUUCAAUACGGUAUCACUUAUACUGGUGCUGCACAGGCUGGAUCAGGAUCUGGCGCAGUAGCUUCUAGAAAACCAUUUAAUUUUAAUCUUACCAAUUCUGAAGUUUAUAGGCCGUAUAAACCGAAUAAUAUACCAUCGAUAUCCAGAAAUGACGACACGGAAGUAACGACUGUGCCGAACGAUGCUGAUUUUAAUCGUAUUCAGGGACAGAGGCAAGGCUUACAAACAAGCUCAAGUUCACGACAAACGGUUAUUAGUGGUGUAUCAAAGGAAAAAGUAGAAAAUUCAAUGAAUAGAAAGGAACAAUCUACGGAUAAUAAACGCGUAACUGAGCCAGUUUAUGAGGAGGAAGAAUAUGAAGAUCAAUACGAAGAUGAAGAUUAUGAUUCAUCUGCUAGGCAAAAUCCUCCACCCAAUUUAGAAAGCUUUCCUUCUAAUAUAAAACAAGAAGAUCAACAUCAAUCGCAAAUGAUACAAAUCGGUAAUGCUAAUCGGUACGAUGUUAGGGUAACUCAGGACUCAAAUAUUCUACAUAAAGAUGACAGAUUACAACCGGGUCAAUCUUUACCAGGUUAUACCGUUCCACCUGGUUUUCGUGGAAGAGUAAUGUCAGUUGCUGGUGAUGAUACAAUUGCUAAAGGAGAUGGAAAAGCUCAAUCGCAAACUGUAGCAUUAAUUCCAGCACAACCAAAUAUUACCACUCUUGAAAACAAAUCACUUGGUCCAGAAACACGAUCGCUUCACAACAAUUACGCUAGAUUUACAGGAACACCUAUUUCUAAAAGUAAUAGUGAUCGAACUCAUACUCGAUCGUCGUCUAAUGGUUUCCUUACACGUGAUUUAGAUAAAUCAAUUAGACCAAGUUACUACACUGUAACAAACAGUGUUGCCGGUAAAAUAGAUGAUAACAAAAAUUCUCAAAAAAAAUAUGAACAUCGGUAUUAUACUAAAUCUUCCACGUGCGGAUAUUUUACAUUUUCUUGCAACGUCGUAUACGGCUCUAAUGGUAGAACAAAGAUUUGUAAACCUAAAGUACCAACAUAUCCCGAUGGUACACCAAUGAAAUGUUAAUUAAUC